AUGUGGUGGACAUUAGCCUUUCGUUACAACUUUUUCCGCCUCUUCCCCACUCACUACGAACUUCCACUAACAAUGGUUGUUGGGGCAACUGUGGCUGGAAUGACUUCAGAAGGUGGUGGGGCUGUUGCAUUUCCGGUUAUGACACUUUUGUUGCAUAUUGAAACUGAAGUUGCGAGGGAUUUUUCUUUAAUGGUUCAGUCUUGUGGAAUGACUUCUGCUGCGUUCACAAUACUUUGGAUGAGAAUAAAAUUGGAAUGGCACGCAAUAAUUCUAUGUACAAUUGGUUCAACUGCUGGAAUUAUAUUUGGAUUGGAAUGGGUUGAUUAUUUAUUGACUGGUUCGGAAAAGAAAAUGUUAUUUGUCAGUAUUUGGUUUUCUUUUGCAAUUUCUCUAUACGUUUUAAACACCCAAAAGAAGAGAAGAACACAUUCUGGUAUUGUAAAAUUUAAUUGGUGGAAGGCUUUAAUUCUUUUUGUUGCUGGAUUUAUUGGAGGACUUUGCAGCGCUUUUGCAGGCUCUGGUGUUGAUAUUUGUGCAUUUUCUGUUUUAACACUUUUGUUCAGGCUUAGCGAAAAAGUAGCUACUCCAACAUCGGCAAAUACUUGUGUUGGAUUUUUCUGGAGGCAUUUAAUUAUGUCUGAGGUGUCUACUCUUGCAUGGAAUUAUUUCACUUGUUCAGGUUUACUCUUUAAAUCAAAAAAUAAUUUUUUUAAUUUUCUAGUCCCUGUAGUUGUUUUAUUCGCCCCGUUAGGCUCUCUAUUAGCCUCUCAUUUUCAUCGUUUGGUUCUAGCUUCAUUUGUUUAUGUAUUGGAAGGACUUGCUUUGCUUGGAUUUUUGGCUACUGGUCCAGAAUGGAGAUUAAUUGGAAUUGGAAGUGUUAUUAUUUUUUGCAGGUUUUUUUUUUAA